GCCGCUCGGCGCGAUGCUGGCGCUGGAGCUCCUGGGCUUGGCGUGGCUGGCCGGCGUGGCGCUGGGGCAGAACGAGACGGAGCCCAUCAUCCUGGAAGGCAAGUGCCUGGUGGUGUGCGACUCCAACCCGGCCUCGGACCCCACGGGCACGGCGCUGGGCAUCUCGGUGCGCUCGGGCAGCGCCAAGGUGGCCUUCUCUGCCAUCCGCAGCACCAACCACGAGCCGUCGGAGAUGAGCAACCGGACCAUGAUCAUCUACUUCGACCAGGUACUAGUGAAUGUCGGACUCAACUUUGACGCGGAACGGAGCACUUUCAUAGCGCCCCGAAAGGGGAUCUACAGCUUUAAUUUUCACGUGGUGAAGGUGUACAACAGGCAAACCAUCCAGGUGAGCUUGAUGCUCAACGGUUGGCCGGUGAUCUCUGCCUUUGCUGGGGACCAAGAUGUCACCAGAGAAGCUGCCAGCAAUGGGGUCCUGAUCCAGAUGGAGAAAGGAGACAGAGCCUAUUUAAAACUGGAGAGAGGAAACUUAAUGGGGGGUUGGAAAUAUUCCACCUUCUCUGGAUUUCUAGUAUUCCCUCUUUAAAGAACUUGCCGACUAGAGUUGGAAGAGGGGCAAUCAAAGCAAGCCUGAGAAUCGCUUACCCGCCCCUGAAUUGUAGCAGGAUAGAAGGAGCUUUGCACAUCAAGCUUCUGGAUAAUAUCUACGUAUUGCAGAAGUUAAACCCUUACUUAGGUUUGUGUACAUUGCUCGGAAGAUCUCUGUAACGGUGCAGCCAGCAGCCAGAAGAUGCUUGAAUUCGUCAUCGUCCAAUAAUAUUUCUUUUUUCUUUGCAAACCAAAUUAACUACAUCUCCAUUUAACCGAUGUUGUUAU